UUAGAGUUGUUAAUGGUCCAUGGCCCAUGUGUGUAAACCAGAAAACGUGCUUUGCUUAUUGAGAAGCUGCCGAGCUGACUACGGCGAGGGUCUCGCCUCUGUUUUCUAUCGAUUUGAUUUCUUCUUCAAUUCAGGAAAAUUCUCACGUUUUCCGCUAAUUUAUUUUUAUGUCUCUCCAAACGCACCACGCUUUAUUUUAUUUUUUUUCAAGAUUCGGCUGAGUCCACUCCACUACGGUUGAGUUGAGAAUUGAGGUUUUAAUCACUGUGGAUAACUGAACAACAGCAGUAGUUGCAUGAUUGAUUUAUUUACAUUGUUGAUGGUUAUGGAGAUCAGUUUCCCCACUUGAUUUAGACAAUUGCUCCAGAUUUAUACAUAGACGUACCAGGAACGAUCCAAUUCAUUGAUUUGGGUUUAAGGGUCAUUCUUUUAGAUGGUCUGCAGGCCAGAAAGUGAUGUAGUUUCAUUUUCUUCAAGAAAAUAGCAGACAUGAUGAUCAACAAACCACUUGUAUUGACCUACCUUUACCUACUGAUAUACAUUGUGCUUUCAUCGGGGGUCAUAUUGUACAACAAGUGGGUUCUCUCUCCAAAAUACUUCAAUUUUCCCUUUCCUAUAACACUUACCAUGAUUCAUAUGGGAUUUUCUGGAGCAGUAGCAUUUUUUCUUGUUCGAGUUCUAAAGGUUGCAUCUCCUGUCAAAAUGACAAUUGAGAUAUAUUCGACAUGUGUGAUUCCCAUAAGUGCAUUCUUUGCCUCAAGUCUCUGGUUUGGUAACACUGCUUACUUGCACAUAUCUGUGGCCUUCAUCCAGAUGCUCAAAGCUCUAAUGCCAGUGGCAACAUUUCUGAUGGCUGUCAUCUGUGGCACUGACAAAUUAAGGUGUGACGUGUUCUUGAACAUGCUGCUGGUCAGUGUUGGAGUUGUAAUUUCCUCGUACGGGGAAAUUCAUUUUAAUGUAAUUGGUACAGUUUACCAGGUUACUGGCAUCUUUGCAGAAGCUCUUAGGCUGGUCUUAACUCAAGUUCUUCUCCAAAAGAAGGGCUUGACUCUAAAUCCUAUCACCAGCCUAUAUUACAUUGCUCCAUGCAGUUUUGUCUUUCUAUUUGUACCCUGGUAUUUUUUGGAGAAGCCACAGAUGGAAAUUUCACAGAUUCAGUUCAAUUUCUGGAUCUUUUUCUCUAAUGCUCUUUGUGCAUUAGCCUUGAACUUCUCAAUUUUCUUGGUAAUUGGUCGAACUGGAGCAGUUACCAUCCGGGUUGCUGGUGUUCUGAAGGACUGGAUACUUAUAGCCCUUUCAACUGUUAUAUUUCCAGAGUCUACAAUUACUGGGCUGAAUAUUAUCGGCUAUGCAAUUGCAUUAUGUGGUGUUGUGAUGUACAACUACUUGAAAGUUAAGGAUGUCCGUGCAGCCCAACUCUCUUCCGAAAGUCUUCCAGAAAGAAUUGAUUGGAAGUUGGAGAAGAAGUCAUCUGAUAUUUUCGUACCCGACAGUAGCAAUGACAACAACAUUCGAGGUAGCGGCGGAGGAAAUAGCCCGGCCUCGGAUUUGAAUGUGGCUGAAGCCACACCUCUACUUCCAUCGGCUAGACUCUCUCAUAUCGGACGUUCACAGCUUACCAUUCAUACGGCAUGAUUCAUGAGAACCCAGAUAUAGAUCAGUGUCAGAAAGCCUAUCUAUCCAAGUGUGACGUAACAAGAAAAACGAAAAUCAUUCUUUUUUAGCCUUGUUACACUGAAGGCUAAGGGCAAUCAUUGAUGGAGAUCUAUAGAUCAUGUCUUUGUAUUUAUAUUCAUGGUCUUUCAGUGUUCAAGCGGUCCUUGCUAUAAUUGAGGCUCUUGAUUUGGACACCCCAUUAUUUUCCUUCUGCAAACGACAUGAUUUUGAUUGAUGUUGAGUGUCCGAUUAAUGAUGAGAACCAGGAAUUUCCACGGCAGUGGCAUAUAAUCGAUUGUAGAUGUCAAAAUGAUUCUCCUCUUAUAUAGAAAUUUUAUUGAUUACUAUUUUCAUUUCA